AUUGUGCAUUCCCCCAAUCAAAGCAAUGACAAUGACAAUGAGAGCAAUACAAAUGGGCUUGUGCUCACUAUUCAUCAUCUUCUUUUGUCUCAUAAAUGGCUCAGCAAACGCCUCUCUGCUGCCAUUACUGGAUCCAUUUGGGGUGCUAGAACAAACCCCAUUGGGCCUCCAAAAGGAACAUGCAAACGGAGAUCCUCUGCUCCUCCUCGCCCCGGCGAGAGCCGACUGGAAGGAGACGUCGGAGGGCCACGUCAUCAGGAUGGACGUGCCCGGGCUGGCCAAGGAGGAGCUGAGGAUUGAGGUGGAUGACAACAGGAUUCUCAAGGUGAUGGGAGRGAGGAAAAGGGAAGAGGAGAGAGAAGGAGACCACUGGCACCGCGUGGAGAGAAGUUACGGAAAGUUCUGGAGGCAGUUUCGGAUGCCGAGUGACGUGGAUUUGGACUCCGUUAAAGCUACGCUUGAGAACGGCGUUCUCACCGUUACUCUGCCCAAACUUUCGCCGGAGAAGAUCAAGGGUCCCAAACUCGUCGGAAUUUCUGAUCACAAAUCGACGGCCGAGAUCCAGUCCAAGCAGGAGCUGUGACUCAUCUCUUUUCUUUUACCUUCAGUUCAGUUAUGGCGCAUGUUUGAGAUGUUGUACGUGUACGUGUACCUGUACGGGUGAAUAAAGAAGCACGUUUGUUAUCUAAAAGAAA